UUCUCUCUCUCUAUAGUUCGACAGAUCAUUGUUUCAGGUUCAGCAAUAUAUAUAUAUAUAUAUAUAGAUAGAGAGAGAAGAUAGAGAGCAAUGGAGGGCGAAAAAAGAUCUAGAUUCCAGAGAAUUUGUGUUUUCUGUGGGAGCAGUCCUGGGAAGAAACCAAGCUACCAAGAAGCCGCCAUUGAAUUAGGCAAAGUUCUGGUGGAGAGAAGGAUUGAUUUGGUGUAUGGAGGUGGAAGCGUGGGUCUGAUGGGUCUUGUUUCUCAGGCAGUUCAUGAUGGAGGGCGCCAUGUUCUAGGAGUAAUUCCAACGACUCUCAUGACUAGAGAGAUUACCGGUGAAACAAUUGGAGAAGUAAGAGCCGUGUCUAAUAUGCAUCAGAGAAAAGCUGAGAUGGCCCGGCAAGCUGAUGCGUUUAUUGCCCUUCCUGGUGGUUAUGGCACCCUCGAAGAAUUGCUUGAAGUCAUCACAUGGGCUCAGCUUGGAAUCCACAGUAAGCCUGUGGGGCUGUUGAAUGUUGAAGGCUACUAUAAUUCCCUCUUGUCUUUUAUCGAUAAGGCCGUGGAUGAAGGCUUCGUCUCUCCAACUGCACGUCGCAUAAUCGUGUCUGCCCCGACAGCCAAACAGCUGGUCAGAGAACUCGAGGAAUAUGUUCCAUUUUGUGAUGAGAUAACUUCCAAGUUGAUCUGGGAAGAUGGUGGAAGACUGAGUUUAGCAGAAGAUGUUGGAAGGCUGAGUUUAGCAGAAUCUGGUGUUCCCACUGCAUAG